AUGCAUGAGCGCAAGGAUGACGAGCCACACGACGAAUUACUAGUUCGUGACGCACAGUCCGAGCAGAGCCACCUCCAGAUCCAACCACUGGAGAGCGUCGAUCUUCGCAGAUUUCCGGUUACGUCACAUCGCGUGGGCCUAUCAACUCGCCUUGAAGAGAUCCAGAUCAUCCGAUGCUCCCUUCUCCCGUCAGAGCUCUUUGCAUUUGUCUUACCGCACGACGACUUAGAAGAAUGGUCGGGCUUACUCCGCAACUACGAAGAACUUGGCAGGAUUGACAUGCCUGUGGAGGAUUGGCAGCCCGCUUCAACAUGUCGAUUUACAAUCCGCGUAAAAGACAUGCCGUUUUGGCUCGAAGUAGAGCUUCCAAGGAAAUACCCCUCCGCGAACAACGCAUGUGAUCCGAUCAUCCAUUUCAGAGCCAACAACCUGGACAGACAAGAGCAAGAAAAAUGGCAGCAGAUCGUCGGAAUUCGGUUGACGGAGAUAAAGUUGCAGACAAUGGAGUUCGUGGUCCAGAACCUUCUUUGCUCUCACCUUAUUCCGCUGCUUCAUGAGCACACACAGGCAUUAAGGUCUUCCGAGCCCUCUUCUUCCGAGCCGACCUCUCAAUCUCCUGAAGCGUCAUACGACGAAAUUUACCACGUGCUGUUCACCUCGCAUCACCUUAUCUCGCCCGCAAAGCGACGCAACCUACAAAAAUGGUCCGCCGAGCUCUCCUUGCGCGGGUUCGCGAAAGUUGGGUAUCCUGGUGUGAUCUAUGCAGAGGGAGCACAAGACAACGUAACGGAGUUCGUGAGUCGUGUCAAGGCCAUGCAAUGGCUUGCACUGAAGGUGCGUUUCGAAGAGGCAUUGGACACAGAGAAACAUGGGCAGUUGCUAUUAUCCGAUGAUGAUAAGCAGAAACGGGUAGAAAGAGAGGAUAAAGAGACGAGAAGCAAGACGAAUUGGACCGAAGUCGAGAAAGUAGGCGAAGUCGUUGAGAUAAUGAGACGUUCUAGUCGUGAAGAGUUCGUGACCGAGAUGGGCCUUGGCAGUGUAUCUUCCUCCUCUAACAACAAUGCAUUUCGUUCUUAG